AUGCCAGACAGGCCAGAACUUCUGCCGCGGAUUCGCCCGCUCUGUCUUGCCUCACCACCACCACCUGCGGACAGCACCACAAACAUGUCGAACAUGUCCCUCUCAGACUCGGACCUAUCGUCGCUUUCGUCGGCGCCUCCGUCCGACGAAGAAACGGGCUCCAUGGCCAUUGAUGAGCCCGUCGGCAUCGCGAAGUACUUCAAGAAGGAGUCCGAAUCUCCGCCGCCGAAGCGGGAGCCCUCACCACCCCACGAAUAUGUGUUGGCGGAUAAUCCAGAUAUUGCAUUCAUUGUAAUGUUCCGUGCGCGUUUUCACGAUGCGUUCCCGCGAUCUACACCACACUUUGGACCACAAGAUGUUGAAAGAGGCGUCGCGGAAUCUCCUCCGGGCGAUCAUAUUGAGAGAUUAUUAUGUGCAUUUCUUGGAUUGGUAUUGAAUCGGAAGAAGGAUGUCGAUCGGAAUCACUACCAGCGUCCCUUGGAAGAGGCGAUCCAAACCCACGCUUCUCAGUGGCCUAAGGCUUGGCAAGGCAAGAACCCUCUGCACGGGGGUCGCACUUUCGCAACCAUGUCGCCAGAAGAACGCUUGCUGUUAUUGAGAUCCUUGAUCCUCUGGUCCCUUGCCUCGUCCGAUGCCAUUCAGGCUAAAAUCAAAGAGUCCUACAAACAGGCACGCCACGAAGACGACCUGAACCAACCACUCUCCGUCCAACCAUGGGGUCGCGACGGCCUCAAGCGCAGAUACUGGCUCAUCGAAGGAUUGGAUGAUACACAUUUCAGACUGUACCGCGAGGGCAACCCUGCCCUUAAGAAUGUUACCUGGUGGAGUGUGGCAGGAAAUAUCCCUGAGUUGAAGGCGGUUGCAGACAGGCUUGACGGCGAGAAAAGUAUCCACUCCAAAAAACUAAGUGAGAGGAUAAGGAACUCGAUACCCCGCUUCGAGGGCUCAGAGGAGAAACGCAAGCGUCGAGACUACCGGAUUGCGCGAAAGGCGGCAUUCGCUCGGCCGGAGCCUGGCUUCUCUCUAUAUGAAGGCCGUACACGCGGAAAGAAACUGAAAUACACCUACUCCGAUGACGAGGACAUCUUCUCUGAUGGCCUUCCUUCCACGCGGCGCUCAACGCGCAACACCUCGGGGAUCUCCACACCCCCAGAACCAGCCGGCCCUAGAUUCACAGCUAGUGGUAGGCAAAUACGGUCCCGCGCAGGCGGCCUUUACGGUGAGACGUUGUUAAGUGGACAACGCGAGGACGGCGACGCUGGCGACGAGGGUAGACCCUCAAGGGGUCGGACAACUCGAGCAAAUGGAUAUACAGAAUACGAGGACGAUGAAAUGGACGAAGGUUCAGAAGCAGGACAAUCCAGCGGAAAUGAGUGGCAAGGAGGCGAAGGCGAGGAAGAAGAGGACAACGAUUUCGAGGGGGACGACGAAGAGGAGCUGAGUGGGGAUGAAGCAGUGAUGAACGGAGAACCACCCAGCCUUGUGGUACAACUCAGGUACAAUAAGGACAAGGCCCCAAGUAGCCCCAAUGGGCCAGCAGAGGAACCCUUACAGCAAGAUCCGAAGAGCAAGGAGGAUGUGGCUAAACCGGUCACAGCGACUGGUGCGGAAGAUGCACUGCAAGGACAACCACCACCCGCUGUGAACGGGCAAUCCGCUACGGCACAGAGCUCCCAACCAGACGUGGUCGCAAAGUCUCUACCUGAUGCUGCGGCCAGCACUUCUACUAGUGUCGAAGUAUCGCAGCCUACUGCGACUGAGACGAAGACUCAAACAGCUUAAGAAAAAGAACUAGGCAAGGCACAUAUACUAUAACACAGUACCAAUGGUCGGAAUCCCUCAGUGGCCGAUUCCCCGCGUCUUGAUAGAGUUAUCCAUCGGAAUACCUUUCUUCUCAGACUUGAGACAAGACUCGCUCACAUUUUUCUUCGAGGCGUUCUGUUCGUGGGUGGAAUUUGUCGGGUUCAACUUUGCGGCAAAAAAAAUUGUGCUGUUAUUAGAAAUGCGAUGUGUGUGGUAUGGAGUUCUUUUCCCGUGACUGCUAUACUACUAUAUAGCAUGACCAUGCUGUGGAUCGAUUAGGUAUUAGAGAGAUGAGGACUCCAAGACAUAACCUGUCAUACCAGAUGGACGGACCUCUUGCCGGGGCUGCUAUGUGCUAUGUACAGUACUUAAAUUGCAAGAUUGGGAUGAAACAAUAGAAGUUCCGUAUCCCUCGGCUCUAGACACCAGAAAUAGCGUGUAGGAAAAUGAAAGCCCCCGGCUAUAUACGGAAGCUUAAUAUCAAUCAAUCAAGGCUCACUGGUUCGAAAGGAUAAACGCCGUACGCUAAACUCCCCAAAUGCAGACUUUACUAGACACCCACAGUCACGUCAAUACCUUUGACAACCAUACAAAUCAACUCAAAAAGACAACCUAAUCAGCACCGGCAUUCGAGAACUGGGCCGUGUAGAA